AUGCCGCCAGUUCUCCGACUUGUGCUUGCGGCGCUUGUGUAUUUGAAGACAGCUGGUGCUGCAAGCAUUAUUUCUGGGAAUCCACUCGAUGCGUCUAACCGCACAUUUGACUAUGUGAUCGUCGGCGGUGGGCUGACCGGCCUCACACUCGCCUCUCGGCUGUCCGAAAAUGCGAACACCACAGUAUUGGUCAUUGAAGCUGGCGGUGAUAAUCGCAAAGAUGCAAGAGUAUACAAUGUAGCCAACUCUGGGCAGUUCUACGGAUCCAACCUCGACUGGUCAUGGCCAGUAGAUUAUGGAAAGACGACAAAUGGAGGCAAGACUCUCGGUGGAGGCUCUUCUAUCAAUGGCGCAUUUUGGACUCGGGGUGCUGCUGCACAAUAUGAUGCAUGGUCUGGUCUCCUUACAUCAGACGAACAGAGCCUCGGCUGGAACUGGGAUAAUCUCUACACUUAUAUAAAGAAGGCCGAACACUAUCAUCCUCCAACUACGGCGAACCAGCAGCUAGGCGCAGAUGGAAUCACAAGCAUGCAUGGUGUCGAUGGCCCAGUACACGUUUCGUUUCCGCAAGCAAUGGUCGACGGUCCUCAACAUCCAGCAUUCAUCGCAGCCAUUCACAACUUGACGGGUAUCACACAUUGUCGCGAUCUGAAUGGUGGAGAUCCAAACUGCGUCGCAUUUGUCCCCAGUUCGAUCAAUCCCGAGGACAGCUUUCACCGUUCAUCAUCGGCUAUGUCGUACCUCACACCUGUAGAGACUACGCGACCCAACUGGUUGACAUUGGUCAAUUCGACUGUCUCGAAACUAGUCUGGAACCCCGACGGCUCCGGCACCGUGGCGAGCGUAGAGUUCCUGUAUCUGAGCAAUUCUGCAAACGUAUAUCGGGCCAACGUCCGAAAAGAAGUGAUUAUGGCCGCGGGAUCGAUCAACACGCCCGCGAUAUUGCAACGUUCGGGUGUGGGCGACUCUGCACACCUGUCAUCUCUCGGCAUCUCCACUGUCCUAGACCUGCCAACUGUCGGCAAGAACUUGCAAGAGCAGAUGCUUGUCCGAGUUAUGUUCGGGUCCAAGGGGUACCAGCUGAAUGGAAGGGCAUGGGACAAUCUCCUUGCCUUUCCCAACUUCUCGCAGCUGUUCGGCGCGAAUGCAGCGACGGCUGCUACAAAGAUAAACUCCAGCCUGGACACAUGGGCAGACUCCCAAAAGGGCAAUGCCUUGUCCAAGGCGGCGCUAAAGACAAUCUAUCAGUCACAGGCUGAUAUCAUGCUAAAAGGCACCGUCCCCGUCCUUGAGAUCAUCUACUCUAAUGGAUUCGGGGCGCAUUCACCCGUGUUCUGGGGACUGCUCCCUUUUAGCCGUGGGUCGGUCAAAAUUACAACGACUAAUCCUUUCUCCAAACCCAACGUGACGAACAACUUCUUCAGCGUGCCCUUUGACUUGGAGGUACAAGCGCAGGCCGGCAGGCUCCUGCGUAAACUCUUCAAAACGGCCCCAUUGUCCAACUUGACCACAUCAGAGUAUAUGCCCGGUCUAUCUAGCGUUCCUGAUCCAAACGGUGAUGGAGGAUCGGUCGACGCGUGGAGUCAAUGGCUGAAAAGUAGUUUCUCGUCGAACAGCCAUGCCUUAGGGACGUGUUCAAUGAUGCGAAAGGAGCUCGGAGGCGUUGUCGAUGGGCACCUGCGGGUUUAUGGUUCGAAAAACCUGCGCGUGACCGACGCAAGUAUCAUGCCCACGCAGAUUUCCGGACACAUGAUGAGUACGUUGUAUGGAAUUGCAGAAAAGUUGGCAGACAUGAUUAAGGCUGGGCAAUGA